UAAAUACAUCUACCUUAUCAUCGAAAGUUAACCUAUCAUCGCUCUUCUCUUUCUUCUAAGAUUCUCCAUGGCCACCACCAAAGUUGAAGCAGCUCUUUCUGUGACCUCAAAAGAUGACUCUGAUGAGGAAUUUACUGCAGUUAAACCUGCGGCUAAUGAUUCGUCAUCCUUAGAAGAUGGGAAGGUGAAAACUGCUCCUGCUACUAGCAAGGCUGCAAGCUCUGAUGAAGAUUCUGAUGAGGAUAGUGAAGAUGACAAACCUCCACAGAAAAAGGCUAAAGCAGAUACAAGACAGAGUAGUAGUGAUGAUUCUAGCGAUGAAUCUGAUGGAGAGGCAAAUAAAAAGGCCCUUGUGGAAUUUCAACGUAAAGAGUUACUGGGUCGCAAAAUCCGUCUUGAUGUGUCUGUUGAUAUGGGUCCCGAUGGACGAGUACUACACACUCCUGAUAGUACUUUCACCGGUGGAUUCGAUUGGCCUCCUUUCUGGUUAAGCAAACAAGACUGACACAGUAACUUUUGUUUUGAAUGUAGUUGUUUGCAUCCUCCAGUUAUUUUGUU